AUGGUUUCUCCAAAUUGGGUGUUAGUUUUAUUUCAGUUUUAUAUUCUUACACGUCUUUCUGGUGUCACCGUUACCCGUGGUGACCAUGUGUGCGGAAGCCGGGGAAACUAUACACAAAACAGUGCAUAUGAAAAGAUCCUCAAUCGUACGUUAUCUGCUCUACCUGAAGCACCUAAGGGAGAUCGUUUCUUUUACAAUUACACAUCUUCAAAUCCUUCACAAGACCAUGAGAACAGCACAGCUUAUGCCCUUGCACUAUGCCCUGGAGACAUUCAAGAUGAAUCCUGUCUGGGAUGUGUGAAGUCUGCAACUGAAAGGCUUCGACAGGAUUGUCCUAAGCAAAUCAAAGCUACAGGUUGGUAUUACGAAAGAUGUAUGUUCAGCUACUCUAAUACAAGCUUUCAUGACAUGGUUAAUUAUGACGAUAAAGAUGUUCUAUCCUUUCCAACAACAAGUUAUAUCACCAACUGGAAUAUUAUUUCAGUUGCUGAGACCCUGGAGAACUCCUUCAAAGAGUUACAGGUUAAAGCAGCUACUGAUGGUUAUAGUAAAAGAUUUUACUCUGAAGUUAACAUUUUACCAAGUUCUAGGGGCAAUAUUGAAGCGACUAUGCAAUGCAUUCCAAAUAUAUCCCACAGCAAAUGUGAUGAGUGUUUGGGUAACGCUACUGAUUAUCUAGGAACAUCUUAUAAUGGAAGUGCUGAAGGAGUAGUUUACUACCGAUAUUCAUGCUUGCUAAAAUACCAAGUAUAUCUUGUCCAAAUUCCACCUUCAGGGAAAAAAAGAACAAAUGUCAUCGUUCCAGUAGUAGUAGCAGUGGCAGCAGUAACAUUGGUCAUCUCGACCUUCUUUAUUUGCCUAAAGAUUGGCAAAAACUGCAGUAAAAAAGGUGAAGAGGAAGAGCCGCUUCAAGCAUCAGACGAUGACACUGGGGAAAUUAUUUACUUUAGACUAGAUGCAAUUCAAGCCGCUACUCAUAAUUUCUCAGUUGCAAAUAAGCUUGGAGAAGGUGGUUUUGGUCCUGUUUAUUGGGGAACGCUCUCCGAUGGUAAAAAGAUAGCAGUGAAAAGACUUUCACAAAACUCAAGUCAAGGAAUGAAUGAAUUCAAAACAGAAGUAAAACUAAUAAUAACGCUACAACACAAAAAUUUGGUGAAGCUUUUGGGUUGUUGUAUGAAAGGGAAGGAAAGGCUCCUUGUUUAUGAAUACAUGUCUAACAGUAGUCUCGAUAAGUUUCUUUUUGAAGAUCCUAAAAAAGCAAAAGAACUGGACUGGGCUAAGCGUGUCAAUAUAGUGAAUGGAAUAGCAAAGGGUCUUCGUUAUCUUCAUGAGGACUCUCGCCUCAAGAUCAUCCAUAGAGAUCUCAAAGCUAGCAAUGUUCUAUUAGAUGACGAGAUGAACCCAAAAAUAUCAGACUUUGGCACUGCGAGAAUUUUUGGAUCUAAUCAAAUCGAAGCUAAUACUAACCGAGUUGUUGGAACCUAUGGAUACAUGGCACCUGAGUAUGCAAUGGAGGGGUUGUUCUCCAUCAAAUCUGAUGUGUACAGUUUCGGUGUUCUUCUUCUUGAAAUUAUAUCCGGGAAAAGGAACAGCAGGUUGUUCUACGAAGAGCAUGAUCGAAACCUUCUCUACUAUGCAUGGAUGUUAUGGGAAGAAGGCAAAGGAGAACAACUGAUAGAUGAAAAUCUGAAUGAUGAUUGUCCUGUCGAUGAGGGUCUCAAAUGGAUGCGUAUUGCUCUCUUAUGCGUUGAAGAAGAUCCAAACAAUCGUCCCACCAUGUCUUCAGUUGCUUUUAUGCUUGAAGGUGAAUGGAAAUCCCUCUCUGAUCCUAAACCUCCCAUGUCUUUCGGCCAAUUUAUGACCUCUGACAAAUCUUCGUCAACUUGGAAUGGCGAUGAAUUUGGGUUUCAUUCAUUAUCUUUAGAAAGUAAAGGCAUCGGUGAUCAUUGUGUGUAGUGAAUAGACUGACCGUUUUAUUCUUUUGUAUAGAUAUACAAUCAAGUGUAUUCAUUAAACAUCGAAUAGAUUCAACUCGUAGAAAAAAUAUCCUGAAAUAAUGUCCUAGCUAUAGAUAUUAUUGUAUAGCAAUUUGUAUCUUGUGUACCACAUUUGUCUUAGCCAACCCAUUUGACC